CCCAGAGUGCUCCGCGUCCCCGCCGCCGCCGAGACCAAGAUGGCCGCGAGACUCGCCGCCUUCCUCAAGAAUGCUUGGGCCAAGGAGCCGGUGUUGGUCGCGUCUUUCACCAUAGGGACCCUCGCUAUCAUUCUGCCCCCACUCAGCCCCUACACCAAGUAUGCUGUCAUGAUCAACGAAGCCACUCCCUACAACUACCCAGUGCCCCUCCGAGAUGAUGGGAAUAUGCCCGAUGUGCCUAGCCAUCCCCAGGAUCCCCAGGGACCCAGCUUGGAAUGGCUGAAGAAACUGUGAGCAUCUCCAUUGACAGGAAGGAGGACCCCUCCUCUGCAGCCCCCAAUAAAAAUGUGAAAAGCCCAGAA